CAGGCUCGAGAAGGUCUCGCUAAUGAAAAAAUAUUGCCUUACAGUCAAAACCCUUCCCCUUCUUAUAGAUUCCAGCCCGGCGCUGAAAUUCCACGCCUCCAGCCGGGAAUUCUCCACCUGUAACCUUUUGCUCGGUUGGUGAAGGCCACGCGGCAACCGUUAGCGGUCAGAGAGAGGCAGUACAAGGUGCAGGAAGCGUUUGGAGAUCGCCACCCAACGCCUCUGAGGUUUUUGUUAGCCAUUUUUUAUUUUUUCAUGUUCAGUGGGUGUCGUGAUGGCGUGGAACUUGUUUAGAUUCUGCGCUGCGCUGCGUGUGCGUGUGCUUGGUUCGGUUAUGAUUUUGUUGGUGCUUGCCGUUGUGGGUUUCACUUACUACGCCGUCGUCGUCACCAAUUACUGGCCCGCUGUGCUCGCAGGCGGCGUCAAUUCUUACUAUGCUUUUGCGAUACUGAUACCCUUCCAUCUUCUGCUGGUGAUGCUUCUAUGGAGCUACUUUGCAGCAGUCCUCACCAAUCCUGGUAGAGUCUCUUCCAAUUGGAGGUCCGAUGUGGAUGAGGAAAGUGGAGAUCCUCUUGUUUUGACGGGCUUAGAAUUAAGCAAGCCAAUGCUUAACUUGCAGCAAACUGCAAGUCUUGUGGGUUCCGGGAUUCAAAAGAUCCGAUACUGUAGGAAAUGCAACCAGUUGAAGCCCCCACGCUGCCAUCAUUGCUCUGCUUGUGGAAGAUGCAUAUUAAAAAUGGACCAUCAUUGUGUGUGGGUCGUAAAUUGUGUUGGCGCUUUCAAUUAUAAAUUUUUUCUUCUUUUUCUGUUUUACACAUUCCUCGAAACUUCCUUUGUUACAAUAAUAUUAUUGUCCAAUUUCAUCACCUUCUUUAAUGAAGGAGAGAUUCCUGCUUCGCCUGAAUCUCUAGCGACUACUUUUCUCACAUUUGUGCUUAAUUUGGCGUUUGCUUUGAGUGUUCUUGGCCUCCUAGUAAUGCAUUUGUCAUUGGUGGCGGCUAAUAUCACAACAAUUGAGGCAUAUGAGAAGAAAACUACUCCUAAAUGGAGGUAUGAUCUCGGACGAAGGAAGAAUUUUGAGCAGGUGUUCGGAAUCCACAAGCGGUUUUGGUUGAUCCCGGCUUAUGCAGAAGAGGAUUUGAGAAGGAUGCAAACUCUGCAUGGCCUAGAUUAUCCAUCCAAGCCAGAAUCAGAUUCUCAGCAUUAUUGAUAACCAGGAUUAUCCAUCUAAGCCAGAAUCUCUAACUCUCUUCUCGAAUGCUCAAGUUUCAUUUUAUUUGGAUUCAACGAUUUUUAUUUCGGGUCUAGCCGUGCUUGUUGGGGCGGUGAAGGGGCUCGAAAGUAGCAACGAAAACAUAGGUGAAGGUUGUUGGAGAAGUGGACUGACUGGUGGAAGACCUGACUAAUGUGGCACAAUGCUUAGAAAGGUUACAAUAGUGAUCUGCUUAGCUGUUAUAUAUUCCAGGUAGGAGCCAUGGGUUCUGGUAAAUAUACUGUGCUUUCCAACCUAUAACAUUAUUGAUUUUUUUUUAAAAAUAUUUUCAUGGUUUAUACAGAGAAAAUCUCAACGUUUUAUUUUUGUUUAAUUGGGAUGAGCCAAUAGA